AUAAACUUAUAGGCCGAUGUUUAACCUGUAUAUCUUAAAUCGCGGUUGUAAUUAAAAAUUUUUGUUAUCUGUUGAUUUUGUUGGGGUAAAAGUGUAAAACUAAUAAUUAAUAAAUUUCCUCUUUAUUUUGCAUAUUUUAGCGCACAUUUAGCAAUUUUUUUGGUGAUAAAUUAUUAAAUAAAAUAAUUAUUAUUUAAUAAAUAUCUUAUUUUGCAUAUUUAGCAAAUAUUAUAGUAAUAUUAUAGCGCUUAUUUAUGAAAUUUUAAGUGUUAUAAACUCCCGACCCUAUUAAUGAACAACUUGCAUAACCCCUCACCUUGUAAAUUAAUUUGUAAAAUGGUCCAUAAAUGAAAACAAUUUUUUUUGUUAUUUUCAGUACCUAUAAUAUGGUAUAACUUGAAAGUUGUUGAAAUAAUGAAAUUUAAAAACCCUUCGUGGCUUAUAGCCGUGUUUGCGGUAAUUGGAACAACUGGUUUCUUAGUUUCAUACUUUUAUCACAGAAUAGAUUAAAUAUUUAAAUCUAUUUAAAUUUAUUUAAUCUAUUCUGUGCUUUCAUCCAGCUGCACUUCUAUACUACACUGUAAACACUUUACUUAGUUUUCUAUGACCGUAGUACUGUACUAUCACAAAUUAUAUAAUAUAAUUACGUGGGUACUAUCUUAGAAAUCUGCGAUCAAGCAUGUUUUGGUGUUAUCAAUUUGGAUCGAUAUAUUUAAUAUAAUUUACACGAAACAUGGACAUUUUAACAAAUAGUAUUGCCAAAUUUUGUUCAUUGCCCCCUUCAUGUAUCGUUGGGGUGACUGCAGCUGUUGGUUUUAUAAAUUAUUAUUUUUUGUUUGCAGUUAAGGCUCCCAGAAUACACUGUAAAGAAGGUGAGUUUAAAAAUUUUAUUCGUCAAAAUGUUCCAAUUAUCAAUGAAAAGUACUGGCCAACAAUGUGGUGUUUUGAAGCUAGAUUUCAAAGUGUAUUAGCAAGUUUGAUACGAUCAUUUGUAGUUCCUCCAGCACCAUAUACAAGAGAAAUAUUUAAGUUAAAGGAUGGGGGUGAAGUGGCAUUGGACUGGCUGGAACCAAUGAAACGUCCUAACGAUAUGUAUGAUGCAACAAUUUUGUUUUUGCCUGGAUUAACAGGUGACAGUAAAUGUGAGUAUGUUCGAGCUACAUCAUUGGCUGUGCAAAAAUCUGGAUUCAGAAUUGUUGUUUUCAAUUAUAGAGGAAUUGGUGGCAUUGAAUUGAAGACUCCGAGAACUUAUUCUGCUAACAAUAUUGAUGACUUAACUGAAGUUGUUUGUCAUAUAAAGAGCAAGUAUCCAAACACAAUUUUAGGAGGAAUUGGUGUGUCUAUGGGUGGAAUUUUAUUGGGAAGUUUUUUGUCGUCUAAUGAGCAACACGUUCACAAAUAUUUCUCUGCCACUAUGUUAAUUUCAGUUCCAUGGAAUUUAAUUGCAACUACACAAAAUAUAGAAAAACCAUAUUUAAAUCGUUUUCUUUGUACAUACUUAGCAAAAUGUCUCUGUAAUCUUGUUGAAAAUAGUAGCAAUAUGUUAAGUUCAUCAAGUCAUAAAUGGGAUUAUAAUCAAGUCAUUAAAAGUAAAACUAUAAGAGAAUUUGAUUCAAAUUAUACCAUCAAGUUAUUUGAACAUGAAUCUGUUGAUGAUUACUAUAAAAAAGCAUCACUCCAUGAUAAAUUGGAUCGCAUCCGAGUGCCUUGUUUGUGUUUGAGUGCUGCUGAUGAUCCAUUUUGUUUGGAAUCUGAUCUGCCACUAGAAAGUGCUGACAACAUUGAAAAUUUAGCCAUUUUGGUUACAGUAAAAGGUGGGCAUAUUGGGUUUUUAGAAGGUAUUUGGCCAUUUACUAAUAACAAUGAAUUUAUGUUUCGUAUAAUUGACCAAUAUUUUAGCUCAAUAUUUAAAAAUAAUAACUAUAAAAGAUAUGAUGGUUAACUUGUUAUUUUUGUGAUACAUUUAGAGUUAAGUCUAUUUACUACUUUAGAUAAAAUAUAUGAUCAAAUAUUUUAAUUUUAUAGUGUAUACAUACUUUUAUUAUAUUGUAAUACAUUUAUUUUCUUUGCGGUGGUGUUCAUUUUAGUUAAAAAAUAUAUAUACAAAUUAACUAUA